UUCGAUUAUUGGUCAGCUCGUAUUAUAUUGUGACCAGUAUUUGCAAGGACUCUUUUUGUUGUUGCGGUCAGUUGGUAUAUAAGGAGAGACCACUUGCUUUCGGACAUCAAACACUCCUUGGUCUCCAUCCAUAGAGCACAUACAAACCAACGAAAAUGAUUGCUAAGGUAGCCAUCCUUUGUUUCGCCUUUGUGGCUGUUAAUGCAAGUGGACUGGUCCACACUGGUUCCAGUGUCAGUUCUAGGAGUCAAGAUGGCUUUGGAAACUACGCUUUCGGCUAUGAUAUCAAGGAUGGUCUCGGUGCUAGCAACUCCAGAUCCGAAGUAGGUGAUGCCCACGGAAACAAGAAGGGUGCAUACACUAUUCACGACAUUGACGGACGUGCCAGACGUGUCGAAUACGUUGCUGAUGCCCAUGGAUUCCGUGCUGCCAUCAAAACCAACGAGCCUGGAACCGCUGCCAGUGCACCAGCAGCUGCUGUCAUCGCAAGCCCUUACGCUGGAUCAGUUGCCCCAGUCGCUGUCAAGCACGUCGCCCCUGUAGCUUAUGCUGCCCAUGUAGCCGCCCCAGUCUAUGCCGCUGCUCCAGCCCACCUCGGUUAUGGAGCUCAUGCUGGAGCCUAUGGUCAUGGACCUUACGGACAUGGUGCUUAUGGCCAUGGAGCUUAUGGACAUGGUGCCUAUGGUCAUGGAGCUUAUGGCCAUGGUCCUUAUGGUCAUGGAGCUUAUGGCCAUGGCGCUUAUGGACAUCAUUGGUAAUUCCAACUAUAUUUCUGUUCUUUCUAAAGCUAAUGACGGGUUGGUAAAAAAGGUCAUCACCAGUCUUGCCCUUGAAAUAUUUUCCCAUGGCACUGCAACUUAAUAUAUAUUUAUAACCAUAUAAUCUCAAACAAGUUUGUGUUGAAGACAUACCACUAUCCAAAGAUAGCACCAUGUUCAAAGGACAUCAGCUUACGCUCGGUUAAGGCUGCCAGCACAGACUAUGGUUUUGGCCUUCUUCAGAACUGAAAAGCUUUGUAUAAUCUGCCAAAUGUGUCUCUCUGUCAUCACUACUAUUUAAUUUUGUAUCUAUGCAGCUACAUAUCAUUCAUUUCUUAUGUGAAACCAAAUAAAAUGACUUUUUGGAGAAAUG